AAUAAAAAGUCUUCAACACCACUGAGUCAUCUUCUUUGUUCCAUAGCUAAAGAACAGUACUCAAAACUUGAUUUAGAUCUAAAAAAUCUUGAUCAUAACCAUCAUUACUCUUAGAUCUUUCUCCCCUUUCUCACUCUCACUCUCACCAACUCACCCACCAUGCCUUCUAGGGUUUGCUUUCUCUCUGUCACUGGGACAAUACAACAGUCCCAAUUCUCACCCUCUCAAACCGCCAUUAUCUGAUUCACCUUUCACCUCCAUACCCACCGAGAAAAGCAUGCAUCUUUAGUGCCAGCGCGUGUAGCUCACUUCAGAUUCUCCUCUGAUACCCAUGGAGGAAGUUGCUGGCGGUGUCUGUUAGUGUUCACUGUUCAACUGGGGCCUUUUCGGCUGUAAUCUGAAAUUGGAGGGUUCUUUAUCAAUUUGGGAUUAUUUUUUUUUUAAUAUUUGCAAAAUGAUUUCUUCUGGAAUUAACUUGGUGAUGACUGUGAUUGGGUUUGCGGUGAGCACCAUGUUCAUUGUUUUCGUCUGCACCAGGCUCAUAUGUGCUCGAAUUCACUUGAAUGCUGCAAGGAGAUCCUUUCCUAUUGUCUCCAGAUCCAAUCUCAGCAUGAUGGAGCGGGGUUCUCAUGGUCUUGAACGCGUGACUGUAGCCAAAUUUCCAACAAAGAAGUAUAGUGACAAGUUUUUUGCUGCUGCAGAAAAUUCUCAAUGCACAGUUUGCCUCUCAGAAUACCAAGGUGAGGAUAUGCUGCGUAUUCUCCCUUUUUGUGGACACUCCUUCCAUGUGACCUGCAUAGACCUAUGGCUGCAGCAGAAUUCCACAUGUCCUGUUUGUCGAAUAUCGUUGCGCGAAUUUCCAGAUAGAAAGUGGUUAAUGCAACCCUUGUUCAGCUCUGCUCUGCAACCUGGUAUAGAAUCCUUUGACACGCAUCAUUAUCACUGUAUGAUGGAUGAUAAUGGAUUAUCAUCAAGAACCCCUGACAACCAUGGGGUGAAUCCUGUGGAAGAAGAUCAUUUUCCAUCUGAGGUUGGUGGAGCAGUUCCUAUGGACAAUAUCACAUGUUUAAGUGAGGUUGACUUCAUUAAAGAUGAAGGGAAGAAGCAUGUAGAGAGUCCAUCAAACUUCCAGAAUUGAUUGUUUUCAUGGAAAUCAAAGCUUCAAUAUGAUACUUUCAGACCACACAUUUAGUACAGAAGUUAAUGUCCCGAAACUGGAGUGAAAAUGUGAAAGGCUUUAGCAGGUUGAAAGGAUGGUUAAUAUCUUUUACUGUAUAUAUAGCAGAGAACACCCCCUCCCUCUCUCCCCCGGGCUGCCCUUUAUUGUUUUCUCCUAUGUUGUUUUGGAAUUUGGAUUCUCUAUUGAGUUUUUGGUUUGCCCCUCUGCCUAAUCUUCAAAAUACAUCGAUGGUUACUGAUUUUAAUGUUUUAAAAUAUAUUAAAAACUCAGCAGAGAAUCUGGACUCGUUGUUUUGUUGAUCCUCCA